UAAUUUCACGUGAUGGUCAUGCUCAUUUUUACCCACGGUACCGAAAAACAAACAAAAUAUGGUGUCUCUUGUUGUGCCAGAGAUUAACCUGCCUUGAUGUGGAGAUGGAUAACAAACCUGUUUUGUCCAUUGUUAGGAUUCUUCCAGACACUUUAUUGCCCGUUAAGAGCUCUACAAGACUCAAAUAUCACUGCAUAACUGCAUCUCACAACUUCAUUUGUUUGGGUGCCUCUACUGGCAGUGUGUACAUAUUUGAUCGACACUCUGGUUGUCUUAUCAAAUUCAUCAGCAAUAAGGCGAAUCCAAUUGUGUUAUUAAAAUUCUCAUACGAUGAAAGCUUACUUGUAGCUGCUGAUAGCCUUGGUCUAAUUACUUGUUGGGAGGUGUCUGCAAACCAGGAUUUCAAGGUUGUGAAAGAAAUUGAAGAAUUCCAUGGCACUGUUACAGCUAUGUGUUGGAGUGACACAACACAUCGUUUGUUUGUCGGCAGUGACAGUGGGCUAGUUAUGGCAUUUUCAAUUAAGUUUUGUGGAUUUUCAAAAUUAAGUGUUGAGACUAUUCGGAAAUCUGGUGAUCCUAUUAUCCAAAUGGAUUUUUGCAAAGGAAGGUUGAUAUUAUCUUCCACAACAAAAGCUCUGUUAUGUUACACUGACCGCUCACAGUUUCAUCAAAUUGGCACUAGACCAAGAGAUGGUGUUUAUGGUGCAUGUUUUCUCAGUAAAACAACUCAAAAUCAACCUCUUAUUUAUUCUGCAAGACCUGGAAGCAGAUUGUGGGAGGUGGACUUUGAUGGAAAAGUAUUAGCUACCCAUCAGUUUAAAGAGCUAUUGGCCAUUUCUCCAACUCCUCUUAUUACUAGCAGGUUUGCCGAUUUGCCAGAGAGUGAUUUAACAACUGUUCCUCAAGCACAAAGCUUUAACUUUCAGUUUCUACAUCCUCUGAUGGAACGCUAUAUAUUGACUUGGUCUCCUCGUGGCAUUUAUAUUUUUGAACCACAAGUUGGUGAUGUACUUUGCUGGAAUGAUCAAAUAAAAGACGUCAGUAGCCUUUGCUGCCAAGAAGAUAGUAUUUUCGUGUUGCAUACAAACAAUUCUGUAACAGAGAUAAAGUUACUAACUAUUAAAAAUUGUUUACUUGCGCUUUUUAAGCUUGAGGAAUGGAAGAAACUCGCAGAGGUAGCAUGCAGCAAUCAAGACGAAAUUGUAGACAACGUUGAAUCAUUUUUGUCAAUUGAUUUUCAUGAAGUUUUGUUUAAUAUAAAAGAAAGCAGCUCCGAUCCAGGGGAAUUGAUUAUUAAAACUGAGCAGUUUAUCGGGGAGCUUGAGCGAAGACAUGCAGAAGUACGUACUGCUGUGCAAGAGCAGUUAAAUCAAGCCCUUCAGGAAACUGCCAUCCUACCGGACAGCUUGGAUGAUAAUGAUGAUAUACGCUCUAAUCUAAGUGAAGGAAUUAGUGAAGGAAGCAGUAAAAUGAGUUUAACAAAGUUGGCAGAAGUGAAUCUGGAGAAUCUAGUGCAGAAAGCAACCAACGCUGUCGUCAAUAAAGUUAUCGGUGCAAAAUUUAUGAAAAAAGCACUUCGUGAUGCUCUACAUUCAGAAGGUGUUGUAUUAGAUGAUCAAUCGCUGAGUCAAGGGAAUUUAAAAUCACAUCAAAGAACUUUAGUCAAAACGCAAAGUGUACCCAACUCACCAAAAUCACAACAUAGCGGAUUACAACGUGCAGACUCUGGAAAAGAAGUUAAUGCAUAUUCCGACAUUUCACAACAGAAGAAAAUGUUUUCAAAGAACAAGUCAAAUUCUGUACCAUCAUUGAGUGGGACUGUUUCUGUAAAUUCAGUCAAAAACAUGCUUAGUCAUGCUUCUCCAGAAGAAAUUGUUGUUCAAAGAGGAAGAUUAAAAAGGACUACUAGAAGAAAAAAGAAAGCUAAAGUUGUUCAACUAGACUCCCCCACUAAAUUUGAAGUAUCUUCAGCAAGAUUGUCUGAGACUGAUGGAUCUACAGCUCCCAAAGCACUUGUGCAAAAUGAGAGAUCUGAAUUUGCAGUGUUACCAGUGGAUUCUAAUAUUGUUUCCGCUGGCCAGUCAUUUAAAAACAGUGAAGUUGAUGUUGGUGGUGAUUUACAAGAUUCUGCUAGCAUGAAUAAGGAGAAAACAUUUACCUUGCAGCUACCAAGUAAUUCUGCUCAAAUUAUUAAUCAACUUGUCAGCAUUACAGCUGCAACCAGGAAUAAAUUUCGAGACCCUGGUAUUCUAUACAACUCCAAAUCUAUUCAUGACAUUCUAGAAUCGUGGUCAUCACAGUUAUCUAGUGUUACUAAUCAAUUUCAAGAAGAAUGCUUUAAAAGUCUUGAUAAAUUUAUCCAAGAGAAUAUGACCAGUUCCAUAUUGUCCCAACUGAAAAUCGAAAGCAAUAAAUUACUAUUUUCUCAACUGUCAGCUGCUUUUAGUGAAAUAUCAAAUGUUGCCACCCUGUGCUUAGAAACAGGGAUAUUUCCUAACAAGUGUUCACAUUUACAAUCACAUGAAAUAGCUUUACUAAACUUUGAAUUGACUUAUAACCUGAUUUCUAAAAGAGCACUACAAGAUGUGAAAGAUGUAGAAUUAAGAAAAAAUAAAUUUGAAAGCGCUCAUUCACCACCUGUUACGACUACUUUGGAAAUAAAAAAACACUGUAUAAAUGAGGGGUUUGUAGAAGACAAUAUGUAUCCAAGAGUUUCCACAGCUGAAUAUGAAAUAAAGGAGUACAAUGGAAGUUCACAGAACUUUGACAUUAAUAACCCACUGCAAUCAACAGACAAAUCGUUUUCACCAAUGUUUAAUACAGAAAAGUUUAAUGCAGAGGCAGUUAUGGAAGAAAUUUAUGAUAAAGAUAUUAAGGAUUUGUUAUUUGAUCGUCAUAGUUUAAGCACAAUUGCGUCUGAGGCAGAGACAAUUUUAGCUAUUAAAAGUGAAGAUGAUUUUAAUGCAGUAUGCUAUGAGGUAAAAGAUAAUGAAACAUUAUGUGAAAAUUUUAGUACUUUGCGUGGUUCUUGUUACGACUGCAUAAUCGAUAAAUGCAGAGCAUGUUUUGUGUUAAGAUAUUUUUCUGUUUUGGACUUCUCAAGAAUACGUACAUUGUUGACACAAAAGGGUGGCUGUAGGUGGCGCACUUGGGCUGCAUGUAUGGUGCAUCUUAUAGACACGCAUGAGCGACAUAGUAAGUUGUAUCAAGCUAUCCAGACAAAAGACACAUCAGCUAUUACUAUUGAAAUACAACAAACAAAUGAAGUUGAAAUACUGUUCGCAAAUAUGCAAAGAUUGGUUGAAGUAUCACCAGCAUUGCUACAUACUUGUAUUAGUACCAACGGUAAUUUAAAUACAUGGGAAGUCUGUUUUUUGUACCACACAGGUUUUAUAAAUCACACAAACAAAGUGGAUUUUCUUCAGUACGCGCAUGAACACAUAACACAGUCGCCAUCUAACGUUGAUAUGCUGUUACUACAAUGUGUGUUAGAAACUGCUUUAUCUGAUCAAUCUAAUUCUGACCAGCUAUUUUGUGAAUGUAGCAUGGCAAGACCAGGUUCAAAUAACUUAGUUUGGAAAUGGCAAGACCUUUUAACAGAUGCUAUCAAUUUAUGUGACCAAUACUUUUCUCAUAUGGAUAAAGUUAUAUUGGAAAAGCUAAGUAAUAUAUGCAAAAAAUUUGGUUUCUGGACUGGCUACUUAAGACUUCAAUGUAAGCUAGACAAUGUGAAGAUUGUUCUGUCCUUGCUAUAUCAGUUAAAAGAUUAUGAUCUGUUAUCCAGCAUGAUCGAUCAAGGAGCUCUUUCCCCCAGUGAAGAUGCUUGGGUGUCUCUUUUGUCAGAUAUCACCAACAACAAAGAGGAUGUUCACAACUGUGUUCCAGUAGGUGACUGGCACCCUACUUUAUCGUUGGAGACACUGAUAAAAACAAUAGCAAGACAAUCUGGAUCAAGAUUUGUUUUACAAAUAAUUAAAAAAAUGGAGAACCUUUCGUUACCGUAUGACUUGUAUGCUUGUCUUUUGAAAGCAUCUACUAUGGAAAACAAACUAGAUACUUUAGUUGGCGACCUAAUUGAACUUGUAAGCAGUGGUAUUUGGUCUGAACACGUACAACUUAUUCCACCGGAGCUUGAAGAAGUAAAGAAUGCUGAGUUGCGAGGGGAUGAAUCGAAGAUCCCAUCUACUGAAAGUAGUUUAGCAAAUAACUUUGUGAUGAAUGAAUCAGAUACAAUAUGGGGGAGAAGUGUGAAUAUCUCAAGUGUAAACUUUUGUGCGUAUGGCUUAUAUUUAAUACACCAAAAGAGCUACUUUGUUGAUUUCAAUUUUAUACUCUUCUGCAGAAUGUCCUGUAUGCAACUUACCACUAUGUUUGAAAACGACAUCUACAACAUCUGUCGGCUUGAUUGUCUUUCAAUGUGGUCAUCGAUUUCACAAAAUUUGUCUACCUGAAAAUGCUUGUUUGGUCUGUUACCACGACAAUUUUACGUCCCUAUAUUAAAUUCAUAUAAUUAGCACAAUAAAUUUUAUACUAAUAUAUAAAUUAAACAGUGUCAUUAUUAUUUUUUACAAUUUUAGAGGAUAUUUGUAAUUUUCUUGUUAGAGCUGGCUGGGUAAUUGUUAAUUUUUUACGUUAAAAAUAAACCACGGCAUACUUGAAAGGAAUAGUAUCUGAAACAAGUGAUUUUUGUCCAAUGAGCGGGAAUAGAGAAUUACUUCAAAGGUAAAACUUUAUUUGUAAAUAUAUAGUGUCUUUUUUUACAUCAAGUUAUAUUUUGUAGUUCUUAUUUUUAAGAAGAUAUUUCAUCAUUACUGCUUUAUAUGAAUCGAAGUACUACCAAGUAUUACCCAGGAGAAAAUUAUGUUUAUGCUUACUUGGGCUUGAAGUUGAGAAACAUUUAUGGAGGGUGUCUGCAACAGCGUGUCGACUCACUUCGGAAUGUGUCAAAACAAAUAUUAGCGGAUUUAUUGGAUACAUUUUCCACGUCAAAAAUUGUUUACCUCGUGACAUAGUGAACACCAUGUGUAAAUUCACAUUAUGUUUUUUGUUUUGCUGUUACAACUUUGGUGUAAUGAUUAUGCUUGUUAAGACUGCUUAAGAAUUUGUCAGAUUAGCUGCGUAUGUGACCCUAUAGAAAAGUAUUUGUGUUGUUACUCCAUACGUGCAUGUUAGAUAUUCUGUUCUCAUGUCUAGUUUCAUGUUGUGUAGAAAUACAGAGAAUGAGAUAGGAGAUUGGAAGCAAGAAUAAUGGAUGUGGUUGCUUGAAAA